AUGAGCAACACGCGUCCACCUCUGACGAAUGUUCAGCAAGUCUAUCGCACCGCAUAUCUUGACUUGUGCGCGCUGUACGUCAGCAGGAAGGACGACGAAGCCGAAAAGCUUGCCUGGGACUUCUACCAGGACCCGCAUAUCCCUCUGAUCCUCCGUACCAUGUGCUGCAACGUUCUUGGCGAAGCUGGGGGCGGUGAGUAUCUGCGCUUUGCGAAGGAGGCGGUCGAGUGCGCGACUCUCAUUUUUAACAUGGAUACCGAGAACGAGACACACAUCCAGCUGCUGAAAGAGUCACGAGCGAUUUUGAAGGACGCAGUGGAGGAUGCGCGAAAAGAGGCACUUGACUCAUCCGAUCUUCUACGCGAAUGCGAGCAGACAGUGGCUGAGGCAGACGAGCUGGCCGCUGGAAACGCCGUUCAAGAAGCUGCUCUGCACUCCCAGGCCAUGUCACCUUCGCUGCCAUCGGCCAGCUCGGUGAUAUCUUCUGUCGUUGAGUUGACGCAGACAGACACCGUCACCAGGUCACAUUCCCCGCCCGGAGGGCCGAAACAGGCACUCCCCAUGUUUGCUCCACUGUCACCACCGCUGCCAGGAGGUGAGCAGGAGGACGAGGAUGACCCACAGGGCCAGGGUGAGUGA